AUGGUCAUCAAAUCGCGCUGGUCCUUGCCUAUACCACAAGUCUCCCUUCCAACCUACGUCUUCGAAUCACCCACCGCCGAACUCCCAACCUCACCAGCCUACAUUUCUGCUGCCGAGCCAGACAAAUACAGCCUCUCACUCGCCGACUUCCGCCUCUAUGCGCAACGCUUUGCGUCUGGCCUGCGCCGCUCCGGCCUCCAACCGGGCGACCGCGUGCUUCUUUUCAGUGGAAACACGCUCUUCUUCCCGUCCGUCAUCAUGGGCGUCAUCAUGGCAGAAGGCAUCUUCACUGGCGCCAAUCCGUCGUACAUAGCGCGCGAGCUGGCCUACCAGUUGCAAGAUAGCGGAGCGCGGUACUUGAUCUGUGCAGAAGGCAGUUUGGAGACGGGUAUCAAGGCAGCACAGGAGAUUGGCAUGAGUGCUGACCGGAUCUUUGUCUUUGACGACGGCAUUGCAACUUUCAAAGGCACAACUGGGGAAAAGAGCACGGAAAUUGGUACGGUUCGGCCGUGGACUGCAUUGCUUGAUACACCAGAACAAGGCGCAGCCUAUGCCUGGCCCAGUCUCAGUACCAAAGAAGAGUUGGACCGGGUCAUCGCACUCAACUACUCGUCGGGCACGACGGGAGUCGCAAAGGGCGUUAUGAUCACACACCGAAACUACGUCGCAAAUUGCAGUCAGCAAAUCCAUAUCGCCCGCCUCGCACCAGACUACCACGAGAAGCUCCCACGGAAGACGUACCUCUGCUUCCUGCCCAUGUACCACGCUAUGGCACAAGCCAUCUUCUGCGUCGGUGCCUGCAAGCAACGCAUCCCCGUGUACAUGAUGCCAAAGUUCGACUUUUUAGAGAUGCUGCAAUAUACGGAAAAGUACAAGAUUACCGAUCUCGUACUCGUCCCACCAGUUGUGGUAGCCAUGGCGAAGCAUCCUGCGUCGAGGAAUUUUGAUCUUUCGUCUGUGGAGCACGUGGGGUCUGGUGCUGCGCCGCUGGGCCGUGAAAUUAGCGAGGAGUUUGAGAGGAUCUGGAGUACGGGGCAGGUCAACGUAAAGCAAGGGUGGGGGAUGACGGAAGUCACGUGUGCAGCGACGGGGUUUCACCCGGAGAAGCGCUCAGAGAGCUUCUCGGUGGGCGAGCUGCUGGCGAAUGUUGAGGCGCGGAUUGUGCUGGACGAUGAGGGCAAGGAAGAGGCACCUCAGGGCGAGCGGGGUGAGGUUUGGGUACGUGGACCAAAUAUUAUGAAGGGGUAUUGGAACAAGCCUGCAGCGACGAAAGAGACAAUCACACCCGAUGGUUGGUUGAAGACUGGUGAUGUGGCCUAUGUUGACAAGGAAAAUUACUUCUUCAUUGUCGAUCGAAAGAAGGAAUUGAUCAAGGUCAAAGGUCUCCAGGUCGCGCCUGCAGAAUUAGAAGCACUUUUGCUCGACCAUCCGGAUGUGCAGGACGUAGCUGUCAUCGGUGUGAAGAAUAAUGGCGAUGAGCUGCCACGCGCCUACAUUGUGCCUCAGUCGCCUGAAAAGGCUACAGCCGAAGUGGCCGAGAAAAUCAGGAGUUGGCUAGCUGAGCGGGUGUCAAGACAUAAGCGUCUUGAGGGCGGUGUUCACUUCAUUGAUGCAGUGCCCAAGAAUCCUUCAGGCAAGAUUUUAAGAAAGCAAUUGAGGGACAAGGCAGCGCUGGAAGACACCAAGGCCAAGCUGUAG